AAUAAUACCCAUUGACGACGACGUGUCAGUGCGAGUGUAUUCGAAUGUUGUUUUUCUGCGACGAGAACGUGCUGGACCUCGUAUUUUUACUGAAAUACCGUGCAAUUUAGUCAAACAAACUACUAGCAAACAGCGAUGGCCACCAUGCAUGCACAUCCGGGUCAUCCAGGUGGCUCGCGGAUGCAGGGACCGCCGCCCCUAACACCCUGGUCACCCGACAAGAAGCACAGCGACCGCGAACGAUGGGUCUGCAUCUAUCCGGCGUACAUCAACCGGAAGAAAUCGCGCCAGGAAGGGCGCCGCAUCCCGAAACAGUGCUGCGUGGACGAUCCAUCGCCGCAGGAAAUACGCGACGUACUGCAGGCGCUGAACAUGAACGUGCUGGUUGAGUUGAAACAGUAUCCACGAGAGCGAAGCAGAGAGCUACAAUGCCGCGGUCGGAUUCGCGUCCAGCUGCGUAACGAUGAUGGCGCACCGCUUAACUCGGAGUACGCCACGAGGGACAGCAUACUGCUGCAUCUGGGGAAGACCAUUCCGUUGCUGAAAAGCAGACAGGCCAAGCCGCAGGAACAAUCGCAGGCCGCAGCCUCGUCGAGCGCUGGCCAGAAGAAGGGCAAAGGAAAGCGUCGAUAAACGGCACGUAUGAUGAAAUGGCAAUCGAAAGGCGGUAUGGGGAAAACAGCGCAAUAAACAUACAAAACACGCAAGCUUCAA